AUGUCAAUCGACUCGGAACCACCUCCAUCCUACUCGGAUGUCGUCGCAAUCAAACAGGCAUUCGCGCAUCUCGACCGUGCCCGUGGCGGUUAUUCAUUCCCAGAAAGAUUCAGUAUAUGGCCCAACAGUCAUGAUUCGGCAGUCAAGUGGCUCUUGGGAGAAUCCACACGUCACCGGCCGCUGUAUGCCAUCAGCAGAAGGGAGCAGCGAAGCGGCAACAAACCCGACGUGAUUUUGCACAAUGGCAUCUCCCUCAAGGAUCAUUCUCUGGCGUCGUUUCGGUCAUUCCAGCCAAAGACGUGGAGCGUAAGGUUGCCAAGCCACGCCGAGCCCAAUGCGAGUUUGAUCGUUUCAGCACCUAGCGACUGGCGUGCUCAAAAACGGCCUCUGCUCAGGUUCUCCAUCGAGACGGAUGUGCACAAUCGACUCGAGGAAUUCGAAUGGCGCUCUAGUAAUAAUGAAAACAUUCGCGCGUCGCUAGGCGGCGACUCGCUCGGUCUGCUUGGAUGGAAAUUGGUCCGCAUUGUUCAGGACGACUUGACGAGGCAGAUACCGGGCCCCCGAGGAGCCUGGCCGAGAACAAAAAAUGGUGCAGAGAUUGUCGCUGUCUUUACAAACUCUGAAACUGCUCUGUCGGAAUGGCGUUUUGCCUUCCUGGGGACCGCCACGACCGCCGCUCUCGGUUCCAAUUGGCAGUUGAUGGCCAUCUCGACGGCUUUGAUCUUGUUGGACACGGCGCUCAGAGUAGAGCGAAAAGCUGCCUGA